CGUUCAUUAGCAAUCCGAUAGCAGUGUUGCAUUUAAAUGACCUGUUUGAGAAAAACAAAUAUUGAAAUUCAGAAGCUUAUCAUUGGCGUUAAUAUCCUAGACAAUCAUAACAUCAUAACAUCAUCUUGUAUACUUUAUCCUUCAAAUGCGUUUUCAUGUGCAUAUAGUGUCAAUGUUUUUACGAUUAAGAAUUUAGGGAAGAUUUGAAACUAUUUAUUUAUUUGUGUCGAAAAUCAAUUGGAGAAAACAAUUCCUAACACUAUUAACCGCACGCGGUCUUGUCCUAUCUGCCCCCUUUGGUAACCGUGCAGAUCGUGUCAGACAUCGACACAUACAGUAGUAAAUGUUUACACGGUACAUGUUUCUCCAUCAGUUCAAAAUUCUUCUAAACUUCCUGCCGUGCCAUUAAUACAUUAAGUCGUGUUUGAUUGGAUUACCCUCCACUGUAGCACUGUAGCUAACUUUCAUCGUAAACCAUUCCUGCACGUACGUAAUGUCAUGUACUGUCACAACUCCAAAAAUAUUAUUUUGUCCCCUACCAUCUCUCCAUUCCUUAUCUGCUCCUAUUCAGCUCUUCAUAUUUGCGCUGACAUCUUAGCGACUUUUCGGUUAUUCCAAAUGCGUCGAAAAUUCUCAUAUUUUAAGAUGCUCACCGAAAUAUGUAUGUUCAAGUACGACAAACGGUGACGACGCACACUGAUGAUGAUGGUAAUGAUGGCGGAUAGACAGAGCGUCAAAACAACAUACAACAUUCAUUAAUUACACUUCACCGGGCGGGUAGUAGGCCCGGUUUAAAAGUAAUGACAGAUAGCUGCCAAAUUGACUUAGAAAGGGGCUUAUGAAAAUUUUUAAUCCUGUGUGACUAAUUAGUGGCGUACAAAAAAACGUAAAGUAAAAAAAGGUGUAAAAGAGGCGGAACUGUAAAAAAAUAUCACACUACUACUUUACCGUAAUGAUUUAUAAAAGUCUCUACCACCGUGUGUGCAUUUGUAAAAGGUAAUUGAAAUUAUUACAUUUGUUUUGAUACUGUGUCCCAUACUAUCAACAAUUUUUAUUACUCUGCUUAUUGCGAGAAUAUUUAAAUACAUUUGCAACACAAUAUAAACUUUAAUUAAUUCCUAUACUGUCACGAACAAAAAAACUUUUUUUUAAAUUCAUUUUAUUGAAUAUGCUUUUAUCUUUUCCUAUUAGAUCUCUGGUCAUGCAUUGGUGCUUUAAAAGAUGUAAUGCAUACCAUAAGUAACAUCUAAUCAAUACACUUACAAACGAUGAGUUUCCGAAAAAAGUAACAGAUUUGUAUGUGUUUAAAGGUCUAAAUGUAUGCAACCUCUAUCGUUGAGUAUACUAUUAGGUCCAUUAGUGUUAUCGAAAGUUACGUUACCAACCUGAGUUUUCUUAUUUAAAAUUAAUGUCAAGACAUCAAUUUCAUCAAUCAUCUGUUGCUAGCUAAUAUAUUCAUGUACAUAAUUUUGCGGUAGAGUAUAUAUAAGUAGACAUCAAAUGGUACAUACUGAAUAUCAAACUGACACUAUGACGUUAUUUGGCGUUGGUUUGGAUAAAUCGUCCGCCGUUUGCAAUGCAAUUUAGGACGAACGCCAUCAGUACAAAACGUCUCUCAGAAGCUGUCGGUCGCUAUACGUAGAGUGGUUGUUUGUGGUGUUUGAAGGAAAAUAUAACUAUAACAAAAGGGUUACUCGUUCGAGUGAUUGAGAGAGUGAAAAACUGAAACAGUGCAUCUGACACAUGUCAGCAUGAACGAACUUGAAGAGGGAAAAGACAGUUGUAACAAGAUUUUCAUUUCUGUGUUACUUUCCUUUCGAACAAGUUUAGGAAUCGCUUUGAUUGAGAGUAAAAUUAGCAUGAGAGAUGUGUUCUUCGCAGGCCACACAUACCCUCAGGCAACGUUUAAUUGACUGUUUGACAGACGCAUCUCAAGUUACCAGUACCUUCAACGCUGGGAAACACACACGCAUGUACACGCAAAAAAGUCACUUCACUACGACGCAAUCGUUCCAUCAUUUGUCACGGCGAAUUUGACCGUACGUAACGCGUUUCGUGACACUCGACGGACAGGAGUACCAGCCGGGGCAAUCCAUGUGUCGAUGUGUCAAAAUACGAGUUGUUUGAAGCAACAAGUUGCACCAACCAUCGGCUAAUGUGACCGUGAAACGAUGGCAAACUACACUGAUCGGUAACAUCUGGUACGGUGUUAACCUUUUCGUCCGGCUAGUCGGUAACAUCUCGGACCAGGUGGCUCCAUUUCCCUCCCGGCGGGAGACCAUAAUAAAUAAAUACAUGAAUAAAUAAAUAACUAUAUCGCGAAGGCGUGCUGCUUUCAACUCAAAUUUCAUGCAUUUUCAUGUGAAAAUGAAUCGUGGCCUCACGCUCAAUCAAGCGUGGUCCAAACUAAUACCAUCGAGCGGGCGUGAAGCAAAACCACACGAACGACAGAUGCGAUGCGAUAGAGAAAGAGAAGAGAUCAGCAUCGCUGUAGUUUUGUGGGACCGUUGAUUUGUGGUUCUAAAAAUAAGAAUACUGUAUUCCAACGACCGAUUUCCUCGGAUCCGUUUGCCCCUUUAGAGACUAUGGUGAAACGUUCGGACGUUCGGUACCUGGUGACAGAAGAGUGAAAUUUGUCGUGAAAGACAUCACACAUACAUACAGCGCUUGGUGAGUUUAACAUGAAACACAACGUCGGAUUACACCCUCGAUAGUGAAGCGUUGGUAACCAAUCGAGUUAGAACUGUUUUAAAUUUCGUUCAAAGUGCGGACUGUACUGUGUGCAGUGCUCCGGAAUUAACGAAAAGUAUGCCGCCACAUCAUAAGAAAAAGAAACAAAAAAAACAAAGCCAAUCAUCUGGCAUUUCCAAAGAAAAUACCAACUCAACCUCAGCAUGCGACCAUUCAAUUGAUGUCCCACUGGAAGCUAACGCAUCAUACUCUGUAAAACGUACCGAGCAGGUUGGAAGAUACCUUGUUGCUUCGCGAGACCUUAAAGCUGGUGAUAUUAUCAUCGAAACGUCGCCUAUCAUCGUGGGUCCGUGCGCAGAAACUGAACCAGUCUGUUUGGGAUGUCACAGCACCUUCAUAGCGGACAGCGUUAUCUACAGAUGUGAGAACUGUAACUGGCGCAUAUGUUCCCCAAAUUGUCACGGUCUUAUCACACCAAGUAUUCACUCUCGGCUCGAAUGCAUUCCACUGCGUGAUAAGGCUGUCCAUAAGCUGCUCCAGACAUCCACUCCUGUCCAAGUGAAGCUGAUGUACGAAGCCAUACUUACAUUACGAUGUAUGCUACUGAAAACCGUAGAUUUCGCAAUGUACGAUCGUCUACUGGAUAUGGACCCUUUGAAUGACGUUCGACAACAAAUACCUAAGCUUUGGAACCGUAACCAAAAAGAUAUUGUACAACGAAUUCGGAACGAUUGGGGGUUUGAAAUGGAGUUUACCGAACAGGAACUGCACACCAUCUGUGGCAUCAUCGAGGUCAAUUCGUUUGAGGUGGGUCAGGAGCCGAUCAAAGCUCGUGCGCUUUUCCCAAAAGCGUAUCUCCUUAUGCACGACUGUACGCCCAACACGGGCCACACGGAUGAACUUCGAACACAUUACCUAACCGUAAGGGUUCUGCGAGAUGUAAAGGCGGGUGAAUCACUUACACUCACAUACGCACACAUCCUGCAAGGUACAUUGAAACGACGCCAGCAUUUAAAAGAAGAAAAGUUCUUUUACUGUAACUGUCGUCGUUGUUCCGAUCCUACCGAACUCGGUACGUACUGCAGUGCACUACGUUGCAACAAGUGUCGAAAAGGACACAUUCUACCAGUGAAUCCACUCAAUCAUGAAUCAGAAUGGCUUUGUCAGCAAUGCCCAAAUGGAAUGUCUUGCGAGUCGGUUAUAAUGCUACUCGAAAAACUCUCUCGACAGCUUGGAUGCAUCGGUGCGAAAGAUGUGGACGGGUUGGAAACAUUUCUUCGCAUACAGAGCACGGUCCUGCACGAUAACCACUAUCUGUUAUUGUCGGUUAAACAUUCACUUUGUGAACUAUAUGGAAAGAUUGAGAGCUAUUUAAUACCGCAACUGAGUCCGGACCAGUUGAAACGCAAGGAAAUACUCUGUCGUGAUCUACUUGAAGUAGUAGAUCAAUUGGAGCCUGGGUUAAGUAGACUAAAGGGUACCAUAAUGUACGAGCUGCAUGUACCACUAUUGAUAGAGUCGGGUCAACAAUUUCAGAGAGGUAUUAUUCAACGAACUGAGCUACGCCGGCGACUGAAGGAGGUGCAAAAACUUUUGAAAGAGAGCGAAAAGAUUUUAUCGCUUGAGCCGGAAGGAUCGCCGGAGCAUAGUAUAGCAGAGGCCGCUAGAGAAGCUCUUGAAAAUAUGGGAUCUGUAUGAACAGCAAGAUUGCUACAAUAAAAUAUGUUUAAUAUUAUAAAUAAAACCCUUGGGAUUUGAAUGCAUAGUGUAGAGAACUGCUCAACAGCAGUAAUAAGGAAUCUUCUCAAUAGCAUAAAGUAGAACGCUGCUCGACAGCAGCACGAAUUGUAAUCCCCGGCACGUGGACGUAGACCAAGAGCAUUAAGGAACACUUUAUGUACUUCGAAACAACAGGACGAAAUAAACGGUCUCUGACAUUCUGAUCUACAA